CGAAAGGUCGGACACUUCGGGGAGCGGACGCAGGAACCGGAAGUCAGUGGAGGAAGCCUGGACUGUGGGAGCUACUGAUUUAUAACGUGGAGGAUGAGCGUAAUGAGUCUCAUUUUGGCGGGAGGGAGGUGGAGAUAUUUUCCAGUUCCGCUAGAGUCAUCCUUGUUCCAGACCCUACAUAAUUCCUGCUGUCGGAAAAAAUCUACUGCUCCUAUGAACGUUAUUCCCAGUGUUGAUUUUUGUCAUGAAAAUGCAGAGGAGUCUGGUAAUGCACUUAAUAAACUGUUCUCUUCAGAACAGCAGGCUUCCAUCUUGCAUGUAUUGAAUACAGCAUCUAAUAAAGAACUUGAGGCUUUCAAACUGCUUCGUGGAAGAAAGUCCAACAAUAUUGUACAGCAUAGAGAAAAGUUCGGGCCAUUUCAGAAUUUGGAGAGUUUAAUGAAUGUGCCCUUGUUCCAGUAUAAAACUACCAUUCAAGUUUGUAACUCCAUUCUUUGUCCAGAGACUGGGCAGAAAAAAAGACAGUUACGGGAAAACCGGCUCUUGAGAAAGCUCAUCAAACCAGAUAUAGGAAAAGAAAGACUUAAGGCAGUUAACAGUAUCGUGUCCAUUGUUUUUGGUACUCGAAGAAUUGCCUGGGCUCACCUUGAUCGUAAAUUGGCAGUACUUGACUGGCAGCAAAAUGAAUGUUGCCGAUUGAUUAAAGGAACGUACCCAUCAUCUGUCUAUUUUGAAAAGAUUUCUUCACUCAUUUCAAAGAUGCCUAAAGCUGACUUCUAUGUUAUGGAAAAAAUAGGACUUUCAAUUCAGAACACAACUCUGUUUCCUGUAAUGUUACAUUUUCAUAUCUUGGAAGCCAUGCUCUAUGCCCUGUUAAAUAAAACUUUUGGCCAGGAUGGCCAUCAUCAGGUACUUAGCAUGAAUCGAAAUGCAGUGGGGAAGCACUUUGAACUGAUGAUUGGUGACACACGGACUAGUGGAAAAGAUCUAGUGAAGCAGUUCCUCUCAGAUUCUGUACUGAAGCCAGACCCUCGGGUAUUCUUCCCAUCAGAUAAGAUAGUCCGCUACAGACAGCUGUUUUCAUCUACUGAACAAAACAGAGUAGAAGAGUUGUAUGACUCAUUAUUACAAGCUGUUGCCUUCUAUGAAUUAAUAGUUUUUGACACUGAACAUUAAAAUUCUGAGGUUAAUUAUCUUAUUUUUAAAGUUUCAAUAAUUUGUAUUUAUUAGCUCUAGUGCUAUUAAAAAAACUGUUUUGAAAAUCCAUGGUAAUAAAGAAAACAUGUUUGAGUGUAUUCAAAUGUUUGAAGUUAGAUUUUUGGCUGUUGAGUAUUUUACACAGUAAUAAGCCAAGGCCAAAUCAGUAUCUUAUGAGAUUCUGUGCCUUUUAGGUUUUAAAAAGUAUUUAACAAUGAGAUCGUCCAUGAAAUUUGCCAAAACAAGAAACAAAGUUAUCUCCAUUUGAAAGCAGAUACCAUAUAGAGGAUUUGCAUACUUUUACUGUUAAAAUAGGGAAUGAUUUAUCUGGGUGGUGCUUAUGGGAAUAAAACUAAAUAUAAUGGACAACACAAGAAUGGACUCCUCUUCUUACUCUGUAAGUAGAAUGUGGUUUGAUAUAGUCUCCAAAAGGUGGUUUUCAGUUCAAUCUACUAGACCCUUGUUUAUUAGGCU